AUUCGAUCAGCCGAUCAAUUAAACCGGCCCGGCCACCCCCAAGAAAAACAAAUGUUGGUGUAAUCAUCCAUUUAUUCCUCCAACAAUAAUAUAGUACCAAGUACACUUCUUGUUCUUGAAAUGGCAUGCGUGGGCGCGCGUGGGCGCGCGUGAGCUUAUUUAAUCUGUUUUUGUUAGUUAAAUUACUUCAAUUCAUUGAUAUUUAAUUUAAUGGAAGUUCUAUUAAUGAACCGGAGCUCAUCAACAUCUUCUACAACCUCAGAUUCAUCCUCGUCGGAGUCAUCAUUUUCCGCCGGCGCCGGGAAGGCGGGCCGGAGGAGGCUCGAGAGGAUCAAAGGGCCGUGGAGUGCGGAGGAGGACAAGAUCCUGACCCGGCUGGUGGACCGGUACGGUCCGCGGAACUGGUCCUUGAUUAGCAAGUACAUAAAGGGCCGGUCCGGCAAGUCUUGCCGCCUGCGUUGGUGCAACCAGCUCAGCCCCACCGUCGAGCACCGUCCGUUUUCUCCGGCUGAAGAUGAGACCAUCCUGGCCGCCCAUAAAAAGUACGGGAACCGGUGGGCCACCAUUGCCCGCCUGCUCCCCGGCCGGACGGACAAUGCCGUCAAGAACCACUGGAACUCCACGUUAAAAAGGAGAUACCAACACCAGCAGCAGCAGUAUUUGAAUGAAGUUUCUGACGGCGUUACCUCGGCGGCGUUCUUGAAUGUUAACGCCGGUGAGGGUAAAAUAGUAAAUAAAAUCACUGGUAGCUGUUGCAAUAAGGUGUUUCCGCCAAUGGGCCACUUCGAUGGUGAUGUGUACGAUGAUCCGAUGACAGCCUUAUCCUUGGCGCCGCCGGGGAUGGGCGGACCCGAAGUACCGGAGAGGCGGUCGGAGAGUUUACCGACGGGGUUUUGGGAUGUGAUGAGGGAGGUGAUCGCUAAGGAAGUGAGAGAUUAUGUGACGUCAUCCUUUUGUGGGACUCCCACUCGCUUUCAUUAGGAUUAAUUAGCACUGGAUGCCGGUGUUUAUUGUUGUUUUCUACUACCAGUUAUUAAUUAGCUGGUCUUAUGGGUUUAAAAACUUUACAAAUCGCUCUAAAUAGGAGCAAAAAUGUUUUGAAAUUCUAAAAUAGGAAUAUUAUGAUUUUAUUCUCUGAAUAUGAGUAAUCUGCCAUGUUUGGAAAAAAAUGUCAUGUUUUAAAACCUAGUAAUAUCAAACUUGGCAGAAAUUUACUCUUAUUCAAGGAAUAACAAACAUGAUACUCCUAUUUUGAAAUUUCAAAACUUUUUUACUCCUAUUUAAAGAAUUCUCCCUUAAACUUUUAUAUUAAUUAAUUAAUGUAUAAGGACUAUAAAUUAAUCAGCCGGUCAAUUUUUUCAGUUGAAGUAUCAAUCAGCAAACGUGUUGAAUUACUGAGUACAUUUUAUCUCCAUAAUUAUUUCUUUAAACUACUUCUAUUAUUACUGCC